AUAUAUAUAUAAUUAUAUAUAUAUAUAUAUAUUUUGCUUUGACGGACGGUAAGAGAAACUUCCAAUUUAAAGCGAGCAUAUGGGUGUAUAUAUGCACGACCGUAUGAUUGCAUGCGUACGCGUACAUGUGUGUGUUUUUUACUGUGCACCUAUUUGAGCAUACUCAUGUAAAUGUGUGUAGCGAACGUUUGAGCCAAAUUUCUAUGUUUGCUUUAAUGCUCAAAGCGUUCAGAAAGAAAACGCGGUCAAUUCGUUUUGUACGUCUUACACUUGUUUGUUGCUUGUUAAUUACCGUUAAUCUUGUGAGUGUGAAUGUUCAAAAGAAAAAACUUUUUUAAAUUCUUUUACAUAUGUACAUGUAAAAUUUUUUUCUUGACUUGAUUCAUAUCCUGUGUUAAAAAUUCUCACAAUGGCAAGUGGAUGAUUUUUUGCUUUUUUAAUUUCUUCGUAAAUGCAAAAUGGAAAAAAAAAUAUUAACUGCAAUUAGCCAAACAGUUUGCUCUAUUACACAAUAUCUUCCUUAUUCUCAUUGUAGUUAAAGUUGUGGACCUAACUGCUACUGUCAGACGUUUAACUUUAAUCAAUUUUUAAUAUGAAAAAAGCACUUCUUUUCCAUUUAACCGGUUUUGUCGUCAAACUGUUAUGAAUGCAAAAUUAUAUAACUUAACAUUAAUUAUUAAUUAUUAGCAAUAGUAAUUAUUAAUAAUAAUAACGAAAAAAAAAAACAGCUCUGAGUACAGCAGACAAUGAAGAAGGAAAUCAAAAAGGAAACAAGUUGACAACUCAUAUUAAAAAUAUUUUAAAUAAUUUUUAUGUGUAUGUUUGUGUUUUCUUAUCCAUAAAAACAAAACAUUAAAAACCUACAAAACCGGCAUUACAAUUAACCGCUGCGGCUUAUUUCACUUGGCGUUGUGUUAGAGUGUGUGUGUGUUUUUGCCGGCAAAUCGUACGAAGAGUUUACGCAAUAAUAACAGUGUUUUUGUUCCACUCGAUGCAAAGAAUUCGGAUAACAAAUUCGACAACAACGAGGUACAAUCCAUAUGGAAUUGGCAGUUUCAACUUUAUUGGCUGCACUUCCGUCAAACACAUGCAAACGAACAUUCUUUCUCCACGGACACUACAUGCCAACGAGAUGAAAAUGUACCCGAACAGUUACGGAAAAUCCGGAACGGAAAAGAUGCAAAGCAUAUCUUUAUCGUCUGUUACCGGAAUUCUCUUAAGCAUUAUAUUCGCCGCACAAGCACAAUGCCCCUGGCAACGUGAAAUACCAGAUUUGCAGACAUCUUGCAUAUGUGCUUAUAAUCUUGGCAGAGAACUUUCAGUGCAGUGCGAUCAAGUGAACUUUUCAACGUUAAUUGAGGCGCUAAAUAAGUAUGCCAAAAAUAAGUCCAUCGAUUUGUUAUACGUUAAUAAUUCCACUGUCAACGCACUAGCCGAUGACAUUUUUGCAAAUCUCAGUCUACAUAACGUUCAAUUAUCAAGCUGCAAGAUAAAUAAAAUUAGUAAUGCGACGUUUCGAGGACAAGAAAGGGUAUUAAAAAAUCUCAAUUUACAGGACAAUUUACUCUCCGAACUGCCGAUUGGUGGCAUUCGCACGUUAAGCUUUCUUAACCUGCUAGACCUCUCUAAAAACCGGAUAUCCUUUAUUCCAGAAGGCGCUUUUGAAGGACUCACAAAGCUAUCUACAUUAAAGCUUAAUGAUAACAAUGUUACUUUAUCUGCCAAAGCUUUUCGCGGCUUAGAGAAUAGUUUAAAAAAUUUAAAUUUGAAAGGUACGCGCCAACGUCGUGUUCCCGAGUGUGUAAGAGGUCUAAAAAGUUUGGCCUUUUUGGAUCUAUCGCUAAACGGAAUUAAAGAGUUGCCUGGUGCUGGAGGCAUCCGAACUUUUGAAGGUUUAGACUCUUUAACCGCCUUGAAUUUAGAACGUAAUCUGAUACAAAAUCUCGGAGAAACUUCAUUCGUUGGGGCGCGCAAAACUCUUAGUUCGUUAAGCUUAUUGAAUAAUUUAUUAGCGGAAUUUCCAGUGGGUGCUAUACAUGCCUUAAAAGAAUUACGCGUACUCGAUAUAGGUUUCAAUUUGUUAACGAGUUUGCCAGAGGCAGCCUUUCGUGGCAAUCCAAGUAUAACACUAUUGGCCUUGGAUGGUAAUCCUUUGUCUACGGUACCAAAUAGCGCGUUCACGCAUCUCAACGCUACUUUAAGAGGCUUAUCACUCGGUGGACGUUCCCUACAUUGUGAUUGUAAGUUACGUUGGGUGGCGGAGUGGAUACGUAAUGGAGAUUUGCAGGUGACUUCCCGCGAACGAAAUCCUCAAUUUUGUGGCAGUCCUAAGCAUUUCCGUGAUAGAGGUUUCUAUUCGUUGCAGCCGAAUGAAUUAAUUUGCCCCGCAACUGAGGAUAAAGUGAAUACAUCCUUUGGCCUAGUUGAAACGUUAAUACCCCGCCAAAAACCAACAAUAGCACCAAACAAGCGAAUUAAUGAUACAGACAUAGAUCUCGCUGGGACUAGUGCCACCAUAAAAGCGUUUACACAGACAACAACACCAACAACAGCAAUUAGUGUGAGUUCUACAAUGCCUACGACCAGAAAGACCGCUCCAACCCAAUCCCCUUCCAAGAGCGUUACCUCGACGACUUUAGCAAGCAAGACUACAUCUACAACUGAAGCUCCCGUGAGCAUUAGUGGUAAUUUUCUAGAACAACCGGUUCAACCCACUGUCCAAACGAACACCGGCACUGGCUCGGCUUCACCUACUACUUUUGUUGGCGGUAGCAAUAAUCCAAAUACAAAUUUAAAACAACUGACAUCGUGGCGCCAAAACUCUAACGCUAAUAAUGGCGGAACGCAGCACAAACAGCAAAGACCACCCCUAGUGCUUGGUUUUCCAUCACAAAAGGGCACCCGAGUCGAUGACUCAAACGAAGUACAGGUUAAAAAUGCUUUUCGUCAAGACAACUCCGUAAUUAUUCAGUGGGACUCUGACACCGCCAACAUUUUAGGUUUUCGAGUCGUUUAUCGUCUGUUUGGGGAGAAAUCUUUUAAACAAGGUCCUCCUUUGGAGGCUAGCGAACGUGAAUUUAAAAUCAAAAAUGUACCAGCUCAAGAAUGUAUCAUCGUUUGCGUUAUAUCGCUUGAAGAACUGCAUGUAACACCGGAAACCGUACCCUAUCAGCAAUGCAGAGAAGUACGCACUGUUUCUUCGCAAACAUCCAACAUGGACAAAAUAACCAUAGCAGCGAGCGCUGCAAUUUGCGGCACAAUUAUUGUCGCCGUAAUCGUUUUUAUUGCUGCAAGUCGACGCUCAAGAAAAUUGCAAACGACGCAACAAAAGAGUCCUUUACCAAUUGGAGGUUUACCCGUAAAUUGCUGCGGGCCCGCCAGCUCUCCAGGCCCACUUGGUUCAAUUGCAACUCUAUCGGCAUUCAACAAUCACAAAGAAUGGGAUCAAGUUUCUGCUUAUAGUGGCCGUUCUAUACCACGUCCUCGUGUUUAUCCCAUGGACAAUCAGGAUGAUAUGCGCAGUUAUUUUUCUGGUAUGCCUGGAAAGGUGGCCAAACCAAGAUCAAUCGCCGACGGCCAAUCACAGCAUAGUUUCUCAAAUAAUUCGCAUCGCGGCUACUUGGGUUCAGCUUUUCCCACGAAUUUAGUUAAUUCACGUCCGGAACUGCGUCAAUCGCGUCAAUCUUUAGCGGCAGCCUCAGAGCGCAUGUCGCGGGCUUCGUAUGCAGGUUCCAUACACGGUCCGACAAGCGUCGCCUCUAGUUCACGGCGGUCUCGACCACGUUCAAGAUCACGUGAUCAAUUGAACACUGCACAUCUGCACAGCCAUCGACCAGGAAGUCGAUAUUCCACAGCUGGGUCUACUCAUACGCUAAACAAUUAUUGCGAUACUUCCGACAAUUGGACCGAUCACGACAUGGACAUUUAUAUGGCCAGAAAUCCAACAACACGCAACGGGUUGGUGCCUUUAUGAGGGCAAGUUACGCUUUCCUGAUAUCUCAAUGCUGUAUUAAAUUUAGAUGGUAUUUUCUGACAACAACGACUUAUUUGUAAGGGCGAUAGACUAGUUACAUCGCUACACAAUCAUCAAUCAACUUUCUACCAUCCGCAUCAAUCCGCUGUCAGGUCAUACAAAGCUAGAAGAACCAUAAUGAAGAGAAGCAGAGUUAAUCAGUGUUCGACAAUUCCAUCUCUGAUACGAUGCACUUCGCCUCCCGAUGUAGUGCCAAGGCCAAAUGAUUUUGUUCAAAUUCGUUCCAUACCGGAAGAGAGUCUGCCCAAUGGAUUAGUGGUUGAAAACUAUUUUAAUGAAUAUAAACGUCAGGAAAUUGCUCGUCACCAACCUACUUGUUCCUCCACCCAUACUAAUUUCAGCGAAAUUAAUAUGACGAUCAGCAGUAAAAAAUUUUUCAAAAUAAAAGUAUAGAAUAGCAAACAAGUGGUGCAAUUAGAAAUCAUACAGUAACACAAAUAGCAUUAAGCCUAACAUCAAAUUACUUAUCAUAAACUAAGUAUUGCAGCUCAAUCAUUUUCAGAAAUUGAUAAGAGGGUCCUCUACAACAUUUUCCUUAUCAAUUAAAUAGAUCAGGAAGUCAUUUAGCAAUUGAAUCAAUUUGCAAUUUAGAGGAAGUAAACUUCGAAUCAUUUCGCAUAAGCUACAGAUAUUAUAAACAACGAGUUUGAUUAGCUCUGUGGUAGUGCGAAAUCAUUUGGACUUGAAAAUUCGAAAACGUUCACACAUAUCUUCAACAGGCAGUGAUAAACUAAUCUUACGUUAUUGAAAUAUUUUAGAAAUUUUUUAUAUGCAAUUUUUUUUAUAAAAAAUAUUUUAAAAAAGUUUUUGAUGAAAUCCUCUCUUUUUUGUAUUCUUUUAGGUAUUUAUGUUAUUUUUAUCCAAACUUUUAAAUUCUAUGCAUAUGUCCGCAGCCAAAAUCAAAUUAAUUUCAGCCCGAAUGUGUAUCGCAACUUUGAGUUCGUUAACAUUUGGUUUAAGGCUGGUCUCUGAAUUUGCCAAAUGCCAGUCGAAAUCAUUUGGAAGGUUGAUUUGAGACAGUGAUUCGUCGACCAGCUCGAAAGAAAAAUGUAUAUUGAAGUUAUGCCCUAUGUCUGUAAACGUCAAACAAAUAUUGCAAUCAAUAGAAGCUUUAAUCCUCAUCGUGACCGAAGGAACGUUUGAGACUUCACGAACUUUAAUUUCAACAAUCGUGCAAAGCCCAUCGCGCUCAGCUAAAUCUUUGUACUGAAAAGCCAAUAUUCGACCGGAACGCGAAGUUUAGUCGACAUGAGAACCCCAAUAGUGAAGCAUGGUGGGCUUCUUCCAUCAUCAGUUCACAUUCGCAAAGUGCUAUCGCGUUAACGUUCACGUUUUCUUUUCUCAUAUUCAACAAAUAAAGAAGCUGUUGGCGAUGAAAAGUUUCUUAACAUAUUGGUCAUACCCACGUGCAAUUACAUUCAUAACCAGGUUGCGAACAAUAACUGCGAUGGAUAUCUGGUGUGAUGUUGCUAUAGACAUAUACAAAGACUUCAUAUGAGGUUAUCUUGUAUUCUUAUAUUUGAAAAGUCUCGACACAUUUGUUAUUCACAAUUUUCUUUCUUAUAUAUACAACACAUGCAUGCCACCGUAAAAAUUAAAAUAAAAAAGUUCAUUUCAUUCCUAUUCAAUAUUAUUUAGGAAUACAUAAAUUUUCGAUAUCAACUGAUUCCAUGAUUGAUUGUUGCAAGUCAUGGUUUACAGUGGCCGCGUUCCAAUUUUGUAUCCACCAACCAACCAAUUUCUAAAUUCUGCCUAAGCAUGUGUCAUUAAAAAUCUUCGAGCGCACAAAAUGUCAAAAAGUCACCGUGGAAACGCAUUUUUUACGUUGAGGAUGGUUUAAUCGGUUUCUGGCAUUUCCGCGUUUUCAGCUGAAAACAAGCAAGUAAUCAGCUUUUUUGUUAUAUAGUCGCAGAACAAAGAUUAACUUUUCUAUUCUCGCGCCACGUUAAUGUCCGCUUUGAUAGCUUGGGAACUUGCAUGUUUGUCUGUUUGGUGGAUUUUUAUAUAAACUUGAAAAGAACUUUCGAUAUAAAAUACAUCUAUGCUUUCAAUUGAAAAGUUUUGAUGAAAACAAUGAAAACAUCGCCUUUUUUAUUGGUCCGAUAAUUAAUUUCUAUUCUACCAUUAUUGUAGCGAUAUCAAACUUUUUUUAGAUACUUUUCGCUAGAAGUGAGCAAGAAAAAUAUGAAAGACACAUAGGUAUACAGGUGCACAAUCAUGUGUGAGAUUGUAAAUACAGCAUAAAGUUUAUAGCACUUGUUUAGCACUAGCAACUAUAUAAAAAUAUCUGCAUUUUUAGGCUAUUACCGUAGAAAUGCAAUUCCUACCGUGAUUAAAUGGUUUCAAUGUAUUGGAAAGUAGGCUAACAACAUAUGCGUAUAUUUACAUAGUCGGACGUUUUACGAAUGUAACACAAAUUUGAAACAAAAAACACAGUUGACAGUUAACAUAAAAUUUAAUAUCGUUGACAAUUUGACCACGAGAAGGUCCUGGAUAUCGACGAUAUUAAAAGUAAAUCUUAGAAUAAAUAGUGUACGUAAGCGUUUAAAGGUACAUUCCAUAGAAUUUAAAAAAUAUUAAAUGAAUGUAUGAAAAUAAUAACAAUCACCCAUGUAAACACAACUGUAAUAAUACUGUAUAUAUAACGUAAAACUACUCAAAUUCAUGUUCACACUUAUAUGCCUUUGUAUAAUUUCGAGUUUUUGUGCCCACUGUCAGGGUAAAAAAUACACAGAAUUUUUUUCUUUCCUUUUUAACAGCCAGAUGCACAUAUUAAGAUGUCUGUGACAUUACAUACAUAUAAUAUAUAAAUUUUUGAUCACCGUGAAAUUGGAAUUAAUGACUAUCUGCCUAAGCUGAAGUUUAUUAUCGAAAACUUUCAGCGAUUUCUGCAGCAAACAUGGAGUUUUUACUUAAAAAUAAUGUAAAAUGGUUCUCUUGAAGCGUCAUCUUCAAAGCGUUAAAUUGUUCCAAUUUUUUUCAAAAGAAACUAGCAAGACUUUCAUUUCGAUCCUAAAACAAAAUUUCGAUUCAACUCGUUAAAAAUGGUUACGCAAUGAAAAUCAUCUUGCUUUCCAAUGCAGUGUAAAGUUCAUACGUUCGGUGAAAUUUUACAUCAAAAUCAUUAUCAGACACUCUCACUGUUCGGCCCGCCUACGAACACAUCCUUGACAUAAUCACGAACAAAACCAAAAGUUUAUCUUAACCGACUCCUCUUUUAAGGAAUGAAAACUGAAUGAAUAAACAUACAUAUAUAUGUAAUUAUAUUUACCGUUAGUUUACUGCAGUGGGUAUAUAAAUGUCAAGCAACUAUUGCGUAGAAAUUAGUCAAUCUUUAUAUAUAUUUUAACACACAGAAAUGCCUUAGUACCACAACACUAUUAGCAUUUAAAUGAAGUUAAAAGGACAGUAACUCUUAAAAAUUUUUAAUAAUUUUUCUGCAGCUAUGUAUGGAUACUUUUUAUAUUUACGUAAACU